AAAGCCAAAAUAUCAGUGCUGGUUACUGUAUAUAUUAGAAAAUACUAAUACAAAAACCUAUAAUAAAGGCAUUAUCAUUUGCAUUAAUAGUAAUGAACAGCAUUUAAUAUUGCAUCUGUAGACUCAAAAAAGUACUGAAUUGUUUCAGCGUCCAUGGGAUGGUGUUCCUUCAGAGAUGUGCACCUUAUACCUUCAGUGUGUAUCUUUCUUGUCUCUUGUAUGCUCAAGGGGGAAUCUGUUGUACUUUUGGUGUAUGUUUUACGUGCAGUAAAGUCUACCAUGUAAAUAUACAUCAGUGGACUUUGAAAUCGCCUGUAGUUACACUAUAUUUAUAUCGUCAUGUAGUUCAGGUACAGAAGGUGUACCCUUGUGAGAAUUUUGUGUGUUUUUUUAAGUGUAAAUAUCCAUGAGAGAGUCACCGAGGUUGUAAACGUACUGUGCAGCUCCCGAGUCCGCUGGUAUCUGAUUGGCUGAGUGUGGGAACAGCCGCGCGGCCGCUUUGCCCACCCACCGUUUAUAUAGCAAUCCGCGCACAUUAGCGACUUCCUGCACCGAGGAGGCUAUUAGAAGCGCGCGCUCAUGGCAGCUAAUGAUUAUCGCGGUUACCUGCGGAACCAUAUGGACAUGGAGCAAGGGGGUUCACGCUUCCAGCCGCCGACUCAGAGCACCCACAGGCCGCUGAUUUUCGGCACGCUGGCCGUCAUGGGACUGCUGCAGGUCGCGUCCAGUGUCACAAUUCUGCUGCACUUGACCGGUUAUCUGCGCGAGGUUGACCUUUCUUCAGCUCAGCCUAUAGAGGAAGUUCAUUCUGAACCUAUAAUUGCUGAUCCAUUCAAAGAGAUCAAGAAAAAGGAAAGAUCCAGAAAAAAAGAUCCAACCCCCAUAGCGCACCUUUCUGUCAAGACCCCCAUGGAUUUCGCAAGCACCGACCCCAAUGUUUUGACCACUGUCCACUGGAACCAGUUUCACGGCACUCUGAAAAAGGUCAAAUACCACGAUGGACGAUUUGUGAUGGAGGAACAAGGAUUGUACUACAUGUAUGCCAAGACCUGUUUUCGGUACGCCCCUGAUCAUGCCUCAAAGAAGCAGGAUGUUAGCAACGUCCAACUGAUUCAGUAUAUUUUUCAUGAGAGUCACACCCAGACAAAACUCAAACCCGUGCUGCUUUCAAAGAGCGGUGCUACGUUUAAUUUUAGUGACCCGAAGUAUAACAUGUACUGUGUGCAACAGGGGAGAAGUGUCCAGUUGAAACAAAGCGACGGCCUUUUUGUCAACGUGUCCAAUUCAUGGCUGUUGGAUCCAGAGCCAGAGGGGACUUACUUUGGUGUUUUUAAAUUGAGCACCUGACUUUUGUUUUUAUUUUUGCUACUGAACUGGUUUUAUGCACAUUUUACAACCUUAUGAACAAUUUCAACAUGACCAAGAACCACUGAGCACUUAUAUUUUAGAUCACUGACUUCUGACUUUUUUUUUCAAUAUUGAUUUAUAUUGUACAUCAUUAAGGGCACAUCAGAAUUCUUACUGUUCAUUUUGUUCUAAAAGUUUUGGCAUGUUAACAUUAACUGCCACAGUCGGAUAAGACGGCAUUUCUACUUCACUAUGGACUUCACUUGCUCUCUAUACUUUUGGACAACCUUGCAGUAACAAACUGAGGCAAGCUCUGUUUGUUUGCGAGUGUUAAAUUUAAGAUAUAUGACACCUGAUAAUUACCCAGGGUCGUUACAAGCUCAAGGGUUUGCUGUAAGUAACGGUCAGAUUUUGGCACUGCUACAGCGGCAAUAGGUGGUCACUUGUGGAAAUGUUUUUGUUCCAGUUUCGCGACACUCUAUACUGGGUUUUGUUUUGUAUACUAAUAACCAACGUUUCAAGAGUUAAAACAGGUAUAUUAAGCAGGUAAAAUGCAUAUGCAGUACAGUCCUCUCUGAUCUGCAAACCACUGUUUAAAACCUUCAACUUAAAUUUUAGUCAUGGUUUAGCAAGCUGAAGUCCUCGAGCAGAUUUGGCACUGAUCUCCCAAUUUAAUGCAACUUUAGAAGAUUAACAAAAAGCCUGUCAAAGGUCUGCAUCAUGCUAACCUGGAUAUAUUAAUGGGAAUUUUUUUUAGGUUAUACGAAAUUUCUUUGAGAAAACAAAAGAAUAUCAAAGAUAGCUGGACUGUCUUUUAGUCAUUGUGAGAGCUAAAUAGAUCAACAUGAAUACAGUGAACCAAACUGAGUUUGGUACAUGCUAAUUUAAAGAGUUGUUUUUCAUUUCACUUCUUUAGGAGAAAAUGAGAAAAUGCACUAAAUGUAUUUAUUUAUUUUUAUGAUGAAAAAGAUGGACAUUUGUAAAAUGUUCUGUCUUAUUCUCAAACUCUUGUACAGUGUGUAUGUCUGCCUAAGCUCAAUUCUUUACACAGGUUUUGGAUGACACGCAUUGACUGUUGGUCAGUUGUAGAUGCGCUUUUUUUCUGCAAAUGAUGGAAGCACAGGGCUUCUUUUAAACUUUAUUUCGAGUGGUUUCUCAAUAAAGAAACUUUGUAUUUA